UACACUACUGGUCUGUUGGCCCCUGCUCCAGGCCACCAGAUGGCGCUAUAGAAUGUAUCUCCUUCCAACACUAAUCCUGUAAACUGUAGGAGAAGAAGAACGGUAGUAAAUCCAGUCUAUUGUUGUCAUUAAGUUUGCUGGUUAUUUCAACGUUUCUGGGAGUCUCUUUAACGGCAUCAUGACAAACCUGCAGUCUUUAAGCAUUUUCCUGACGGAACGCUUAAUGCUGGCUGCUCAGGAAAUUUUCAAGGCAGUGGAAGUUACCGUUACUGAAUACCACGACGAAAUUUCUCGCUCCAGACAAGAAAACGAGCUGCUGAAAUCCAGACUGCUGGAGGCAGGUAUCCAGGUUUAUCCAGAAUUGCAGCCGGGCCUGUCUGUCUUCCAUGGAGAAACCUGUGCUGGAUCCGAGCAAGGAGAUCAAGAUGAGAAGAUUGAGGUGAAGCAAGAGCCCAGUGCUUCAAGGGAAGAGCCCCGAGUUCCCCCUCCUCAAACCAGUGUGCCUGAAGAACCCGUUUCCCCAACUGCAUGUCUGGAAGAUGAACACAGAAUUGAAGAAAUGCUACAUCCACAGAUGACGGACAGCAGUGCAAGUCCUUUAGUCCGGGCUCAUCAGUGUAUGCAGAUUAAAGAAGAAACUGAUGAAUUAAGAUCUGGUUUGGCAACAGAGAUUUUCUGUGUGUCACAGAGCAGCAUCUCUGAUGAUCCCAGCAGUGCUAAUGCUUCCAAUCAUACCAGUGGGCAUGAGACUGAACUGGACGGACUUUCCUCAAUGCAUAAUGCCUCUCAGCUUCCAUUAACAAGCAGAGUGAACUCUGGUCAGCCUAAAAGUUGCGUAAAUUAUGAUCCAGCGGAGCAGGAUAAAGAACUCCAAAGGAGAGAAAGAACGUUCCAUAUUGUUAAAUUUUCAGGAAUGGAAACUGUUGCAGUUGUGCCAUCUGAGUGGUAUGAUGCUGGAAAGACACUUUGGCCAAAUUAUGAAACAGUCAAAUGUAUGGAAAGAGCAGUUAAACGACGAGAGACGCCUGGCAUGGACUGGGACCGCUAUAACUGCACUAUCCUAAAGACGUAUGGCAACUAUUCAGCAGCACGCCAGGCUUUGAAAUCCUUUUCCAGUAGCACUUCUGACGUGCAGUCGGAUGAAGGGGAGGAGGUGAACACAAACCCGAAGUCAAUUCAUUAUCUUGAAGAAUCUGAUGUUGAUAGUGAUCAGAAUAAGUCAAGGACCCCUUUGAAGAAACAAAGAACUCAUCAAAAGGUUCACCGCUUUCCAUCUUCAGCAACACAAACUGUUGAUCUAAACAAGCCUCAUACCAUGGCCUCUAAAACGACUCAUCCACCACUGACUCCUCUUGCAUCAGUUAUAUCCUGUCCUGAAAUGAACACAAGCAGUUGGGAGGGUCAACUUCUUUUCCAUCCAACUUGUAGAGGAAGGACAGGAACUGGACCGAUUCUAUGCACUGCUGCUCAGCUCCAUAUGUUGACACUCAUGGAGCAGGUUAAGCAUGAACAGACCCAAAUCCUGGGAAUGCUGAAUGGCCUGAACACCAAACUGGAUGCAAAUACAGAACUCCAGGGCUUUUUUGACACACCUAAGGACUUGAAAUUCCCACUGGAUACCAUUGAGGAUGUGGAACAUUUUGAAGCCUGGCUCGCUGAAGCCGCAAAUACAGGAUCCAAAAAUAACUUGAUAAAAAUUCUAUCAACGCUGGGAGGGCAAGAUGUCAAGAAGGUGACCUGGAAUAUCUUGGCUCACAUAUUCAGUGACAAUGUUAGCAAAAGAAUCUGUUGGAAGGGGGCCAACCAAAAGCUAAAAUUCAGUGGAAUGAACACAAAGGGGCUUCUUAUCCGAGCUGUGCGAAACUGCAAGGUAAGCAGCAAUUCUACUGAAGAAGAGAUCAGCAAACAUGCCAUUCGUUGGUUCAACCUGGCAUCAGAUCGUGGAGGUGGACGUAAAGAGAGACACAGGUUGUCCACAGCUGGAAGAACAACUGAUGAACAAAAUUCAGAGUAAAGCGUUCAGUAAAAGUUUGUGUUACAUCCUUGGACAUAUUGUAUUCAUUCUCUCUCUCUCUCUCUCUCUCUCUCUCUCUCUCUCUCUCUCUCUCUCUCUCUCUCUCUGUUUAUGCUUAGAUAGGGAGUAAGAUGAAACAUUCUAGGUUUUUGGGAACAUAACUCAAAAUCUUACUUAGAGAUAUUGCUUGGUUUAUUAUUUCACCAUUAAUUUUAUCAACAGAAAGCUGCCUUUCUUAAUGUAAAUACAUGAACUUCAAAACAAUAAAUAUGAUGUCUGGUCUCUUUCAUUCAUGUCA